CUCCAGUGAGCGUCUGGGUAUAUGCAACGAGAGUGCCCCCUCGCGAACACUCUCUUGGCAUGAUAGAUACAUCGGGCGAUAUGUCAGGGUGGAUGUAGUAGGAAUGUGCCCAUAAUAACUUAGCUAUUAUUCUGCCCCAAAUCAUCGCACUGCUCUCCCCACCAACCGUAGCAUCCAGCACCCUGCAGUGCAGUCACCUCCACCGGCAGAAAGGGGGUGAGACCAGUGACCUAACAGGCGUGCUCUCCGCCGGCCCCGCUUCUCCUGCACAGCUGGGCCCAAUCACCGAGUGGGGGUGUGCCCGAUGCCCGGAUUAACCCUCCGCAGCCGGGCGGGCCUGACGUGUGUGCUGGGAGGCCGCUCUCACUGGCUCCGUCUGCAGAGAGCUGGAGCUGCCUCAGCCGGGACGCGCAUCCCUCCAUCUGCCCAAUCCAGGAGACUCAUUAUAGGAGACAAAGGAUACCAGGGAAUUGCAGUAGGUUUCUGGACUUCCCCUAUCUGGGUUUCAUUACUAGCCACUCUAAUGGUCCAAGUAACUCUCCUGUCUACACCUAAAAAUGAGCAUUGAAGAAUGAUGGAAGCUCCGGAGUACCUCGAUUUGGAUGAGAUCGAUUUCAGUGAUGAUAUAUCUUACUCCAUAACAUCCCUGAAGACCAUUCCAGAACUCUGCAGGAGAUGUGACACUCAAAAUGAAGACAGAUCAGUUCCCAGUGCAAACUGGAGCUGUGGAGUGUCUUCCCUUAUCGGCAACACACAAAAGCCAACGGGUAUCGCAGACGUAUACAGUAAGUUCCGACCGGUUAAGAGGGUCUCCCCAUUGAAACAUCAACCAGAAAGUCCAAAAAUCAAUGAAAGUGAUGAUCAGAAAGAGGAAAAGGAAGAAAAUGAAAAGAAAGGUGACUCUGUAAAGACUACUGUAAAAGAUGGUGUUCCUGGAGACAAUGAUGGAUUUAUAUGUAAGAGCGCCGAACCAAGCGUUUUGCUUGGUGAACUGGAACAUUACGACCUGGAUAUGGAUGAGAUUUUGGAUGUGCCUUACAUCAAAUCUAGUCAACCAUUGACUCUGUUUACAAAGGUAGCAUCAGAGAAAAGGACUUCCAGCAUUUAUCCUCUGGGCAAAGGAAAAACUUGCCCUAUGGGAAACCUGGAGAACCUAACGCCCAGUGCCACUCAGUUUUGUGUAUUGUCUCCUGUUAUAAACUCAGCUCAGUCUACUGUCCUUGAUCAGAGCAGGCAUUCAUCUGGGGGAUUAGAACUUUCCCAGAGUAGCAUUCAAUGCAGCUCAGUCCAUGAACCUGAAUACCAUAACAAGGGCUUCCUCAAUAGGACUCUGUCUGAUUCCCAUGCACAGAAGCUUGAAAAGACCGUGCCUAACUGCCAGCUCCGGGCCCUGCACCUGCAGGCCGCAGACACACAACUGGAUGGGAUAAACGGCAACUUGAACUGGAAUCAUUCUGAAGGGGAAGACAUGAAAAAAAUCAAAAGCAUUUUAAACAUUGUUAAAGAAGGUCAGAUCUCCUUACUGCCGCACAUUGCUGUAGAUAAUCUAGACCAAAUUCAUGAUGAAAAUGGGAACAAUCUACUGCACAUUGCAGCGACCCACGGACAUGCCGAGUGUUUGCAACACCUCACCUCACUCAUGGGGGAGGAUUGUUUAAGUGAACGGAAUGAAGAGAAGCUAACGCCUGUUGGCCUGGCAAUAAAGACUGGUCAGCUGGAGUGUGUACGGUGGAUGGUUAGCGAGACAGAAGCCAUUGCAGAGCUUAGUUGUUCAAAGGAUCACCCGAGCCUUAUCCAUUAUGCAGCCAGCUAUGGCCAGGAAAAAAUACUACUGUGGCUUCUCCAGUUCAUGCAAGAACAAGGCAUUUCAUUGGACGAGACUGACAAGUGUGGGAAUAGCGCGGUACACAUAGCCUCUCAGCAUGGAUAUCUGGGUUGUAUACAGACAUUGGUUGAAUAUGGAGCAAAUGUGACCAUACCGAAUCAUGCUGGACUGAAGCCAUCUCAAAGUGCCGAGCAUCACGGACAUAGCAUGUGCUCCCGAUACUUGGUGGUGGUUGAAACUUGCAUGUCACUGGCUUCUCAAGUUGUCAAGCUCACCAAGCAACUUAAAGAGCAGACAGCCGAGCGUAUCACUUUACAGACACACCUCCAACAGCUCCUGGAAGUGCAGAAAUCCCUGCCAACAUCCCCCAGUUCCCCGUCAUCCCCUGCUUCAGGCAGCCUUCAGCGACAGACACUUGAAUCAGAUGACUUGGCACAGAAAACCAAACUAAACGACAUCCAUGACAGCUAUCAGUCCCUUGGCACAUCUGCACCCAGCAGACUCAGGUGUAGAGCGCUUGAUGAAGAAUCUGAUAAGAUUUUGCGGCAGUUACUGGGAAAAGACUUAGCGGACAAUGUUUCUAGUCCUGAAAAGUUGUCGCUGGAGUUUCAGGAUGGAAUAUCAGCUCGGAGUGGGAAACAUAUCCCACUGGAGAAAAGAGAGUUUAAGCUGGCUCGCUUAAGGCAACUUAUGCAAAGAUCUCUCAGCGAGUCUGACACAGACUCCAAUAACUCAGAGGAUCAAAAGCACACACCCGUACGAAAAGCUGAUAAACCAAGGCCACAGCCAAUAGUAGAAAAUGUAGAGAAUUCUGAAAGUCUUCAACUGAUGAUAAAAAAGCAUACGCAGUCACACGGACGACGGUUAGCUCUGGGGCUAAAAUCCAAAUCUGUAGAUGGCCAUAGUCCAUCUCCAACAUCUGAAAGCAGCGAUCCAGACUAUGAACCCCAGUACCAAAUGGGGACCAUUCUUCAGCCUUCAGGUUCAUUAGACUCUUCACUUUCAUCUGCAAUUAGUUCUUCUUCUGCACAAAAAGCAACAAGCCCUAAAAGUGCUUUAAAAUCACCUUCUUCAAAACGCAGGACUUCACAGAACCUGAAACUAAGAGUGACUUUUGAGGACCCUGUGGUUCAUGUUGAACAGACUGAGGUAGAACUAAAUGGAGUUAAAGAUAAGGAGGGUGGGAAAAAUUCUCAAAAAGCUCCAUCUAAUGGUGAACUGGGGGAACAGCAUAAAAAGCCAUUCGGUGCUUUUCGGUCAAUUAUGGAGACUUUUAGUGGCAACCAGAACAACAACAAUAAUUCUCCACCAGGGAACGCUGGCAAAUCAUCAUCAUCAUCACUGUCAUUUUCCUCGUUAGGCAGAAAGUCAUCAGAUACAAAGUCAUCACCUUCAAGCAAUACAAAAGGAAAAAACAAAAUUGACUCUUGCACCAGCCGUACCAAACUUUCCUCUAGGGCUUUGCCUGAGGACCUUCUUCCUAAUCAUGCAUGGCGUAACACAGUUGGUGGAACAAUGAAGAUUUUGUUCAGCGAUAUACAUAUCGAAGAACAGGAGAUGCAAGAGUUUUUCCUGUGACCCUGCCUAUUCACUACAGAUGUCCACAUUUUCUGAGCCCUCACCAGCGGUCCAUGGUUCUCAUGAGGCCUUACAGCUACAGUGUCCUCCAUUUUGUUGAGUAGCUUUUUGGCUUGAGUACUUUUUUUCCAUAACUGUUGACAGUUUUAUAUGGCCAGAAAAACUGUUCAUACUGUAUUGCAUGGACAUUGAUCUAUUAUAUGUCUCACGUUGUGGCUGAAAAAAUGGUUUAUUUUUGUGUCUUAUCAGUUUUCUCUUUAAUUACUGUUUAUGAUAUUUAUUAUUGACAACUGGUUCAUCCCGUACUGUAUGGUUUCACCCAAACUUGUCUCCGCUAUAAAACCCAUCCAUUUUAGGUGUGUUUUGCCAAACAGUUCUACCCCUUUGUACUUACGAAACAGGUCCCACUGACUUGUGUUCCAUUACUCCCAGAUUGGAUGUACAUGUCACUGAAGUCUGUGAACAUUUAGAGCAGUGGUUCUCAAACUCGGUCCUCAGGACCCCACACAGUGCAUGUUUUGCAGGUAACCCAGCAAGUGCACAGGUGUAUUAAUUACUCACUGACACAUUUUAAAAGGUCCACAGGUGGAGCUAAUUAUUUCACCUGUGAUUCUGUGAGGAGACCUGCAAAACAUGCACUGUGUGGGGUCCUGAGGACCGAGUUUGAGAACCUGUGAUUUAGAGCCUAGAGGGAGAUGUAAUAAGCAGUGAAUAGAGAUGGGAAGUGAGCCAGUGGAGAAGUUGCCCAUAGCAACCAAUCAGCUGCUCUCUAUAAUUAUAUGGUGUGCAAAUUAUAAAUGUUACUUCAAUGCUGAUUGGUUGCCUUGGGCAACUUCUCCACUGGUUCACUUCUCCACUCUGUUCACUGCUUAGUACAUCUCCCCCAUUAAGAGUCUACCAUAUAUUGAAUGCACUCCCAUGAGACCUGUAUACCCACAUACUGUAUGCCUCUGCUACCAAAGAGAAAUCAUUUGGAACAUGACUAUUACAUACUGGCAAGACUGGUGGUGGUAAUUUUUUUUAAUAAUAUUCAGGUCCAGAUUAACAAUGGCACGAAUGGGACUACAACUCCAGGCCUUCACAUAAAAUAGGCCCAUCAUCAUGAGAGACAUUAGGGCUGAUAGUGUAUGGGGUGUACAUGCAAUAUAGGACGCACGUCUGAAAAAGCCUAUGGUUAUGUAGUCACAAGCUGUGACACGCCCCCAAAUGGCCACAACUUGCCAGCAUUUGAGUCACCUUCCACAAACACUUCCGCCCUGUCACUCGUUGCCGAAAAAUCCUCACUACGACCGUUGCUGCAAGACCAUGGUGGGACUUGCACAGUGGGACUUGCAUGCAUGUGCAGUGGCAAUUGCUCCAUGGUAACAUUGCUUCCAUCUACGUAUAGAGGCCCAGAGGGAAGUAAGGGAAGUUCAGCCUGUGUGCAGGUGCCCACACGCAGACAAUGUGCUAGGGGGUGAUUCAGACCUGAUCGCUGAGCUGCUAAUUUUGCUGUCCUGCGUUCAGAUAGUCGCCUCCAGGCGGAGUGUAUAUUUGCCGUGCAAGUGUGUGAUCCCAUGUGUACGCCGAGCUGCUAAAUUCCACUGUGUGCAGUCUCUGCGCAGCCCAGGACUUACUCCUACAGUGCGAUCACAACAGGCUGAUCAGGGCUGGAGCUGACGUCAGACACCCUCCCUGAAAACGCUUGGACAUGCCUGUGUUUUUCCAAACACUCCCAGUCAACGGUCAGUUGCCACCCACAAACGGCCUCUUCCUGUCAAUCACCUUGUGAAUGCCUGUGCGAAUAGAAUUUUCGCACCAUCCUGUCGCUGACCGGCAAUGCCAGUUGUUGUCCGACGCGAGUGCGCAUUGCGGUGCAUGUACAGUUGUGACCUGAUCGCCCCCUGCACGAAAACGCACAGCAGCGAUCAAGUGUGAAUCACCCCCUUAGUGCAGAGAUGAGCGGAAAUGGGGUAUGUGUGAUCCUGCAUUGUAUGUUCAGAGAGUGCAGAAAUAUACGCAUCUUGCUGUGUGCCUGCCACCGUUUGCAUCAGUGUGUCACUUGCACCAGUCCUACUCUAGGUGCAAAAUAUACUUCUAAUACCAGGCAUAGUUACACUUACAUAGCCCGCAGAUGUGCCGGAACACCCUCACUGUCCUGUGCGCCAGAUUGAUGAGUGCUGCCCGCAGAUGUGCCGGAACACCCUCACUGACCUGUGCGCCAGAUUGAUGAGUGCUGCCCGCAGAUGUGCCGGAACACCCUCACUGACCUGUUCGCCAGAUUGAUGAGUGCUGCCUGCAGAUAUGCCAGUACACCCUCACUGACCUGUGCCCUAGAUUAAUGAAGGCUGCCUGACCUAUGCGCCAGAUUGAUGAGUGCUGCCUGCAGAUGUGCUGGCACACCCUCACUGACCUGUGCACCAGAUUGAUGAGUGCUGCCUGACCUAUGCGCCAGAUUGAGUGCUGCCCGCAGAUGUGCCGGCACACCCUCACUGACCUGUUUGCCAGAUUGAUAAAUGCUGCCCACAGAUGUGCCGGCACAUCCUCACUGACCUGUGUGCCAGAUUGAUGAGUGCUGCCUGACCUGGGUGCCAGAUUGAUGAGUGCUGCCUGACCUGUGCGCCAGAUUGAUGAGUGCUGCCCGCAGAUGUGCCGGCACACCCUUACUGACCUGUGUGCCAGAUUUAUUAGUGCUGCUCGUAGAUGUGCCGGCACACCCUCACUGACCUGUGCACCAGAUUGAUUAGUGCUGCUUGCAGAUGUGCCGGCACACCUUCACUGACCUGUGCACCAGAUUGAUGAGUGCUGCCUCACCUAUGCGCCAGAUUGAUGAAUGCUGCCCACAGAUGUGCCGGCACAUCCUCACUGACCUGUGUGCCAGAUUGAUUAGUGCUGCUUGCAGAUGUGCCGGCACACCUUCACUGACCUGUGCACCAGAUUGAUGAGUGCUGCCUCACCUAUGCGCCAGAUUGAUGAAUGCUGCCCACAGAUGUGCCGGCACAUCUUCACUGACCUAUGUGCCAGAUUGAUUAGUGCUGCUCGCAGAUGUGCCAGCACACCCUCACUGACCUGUGCACCAGAUUGAUUAGUGCUGCUCGCAGAUGUGCCGUUACACCCUCACUGACCUGUGCACCAGAUUGAUGAGUGCUGGCCACAGAUGUGCCGUCACACCCUCACUGACCUGUGCACCAGAUUGAUUAGUGCUGCCCACAGAUGUGCCGUCACAGCCUCACUGACCUGUGCACCAGAUUGAUUAGUGCUGCCCACAGAUGUGCUGUCACAGCCUCACUGACCUGUGCGCCAGAUUGAUUAGUACUGCUCACAGAUGUGCCGUCACACCCUCACUGACCUGUGCGCCAGAUUGAUGAGUGCUGCCCGCAGAUGUGCCGUCACACCCUCACUGACCUGUGCACCAGAUUGAUUAGUGCUGCUCGCAUGUAAUGUAUUGUGGGAAGAAAAACCAGACAG